AUGUACAGCAAGGGGUCAGUGCUGACUCCUGACUCCGGCAGUGAAUGCGCUUCCGGAGGCCAGGGAUCUUGGCUGUGUUGGGAGGGAAGCCGCAUUCACUGCUUGCCUGCCCUUCUCUGCCUAGGUGUGUGUGAGAUGUUUGACCACAAGACCAUGAUCAUGAUCAUCGUCGGUAGCUGCUUGCUGCUUACGGCGUUGGUGCUGACAGGUGUUGUCAUAGGUCUUUACUUCAAAGUGACCAGAGCAAGGAAAGCUGCAAAGCCCUGUGUUGCUGGGCCCUUGAAGAAUAAUAAUUCAGCCGUUGACACCCAGGCCGAGUCUGUCACCCCUGUGUCCUCUGCCACCGUCCAGCUGUGUGAGGAGUGCAGCCUGUAUGCGGCGUACAACCCCCUCCCGCCCUGCUUCUGCGACACAAACGAGGGACUCUGA